CUUACUCCAAACGCUCAUCGGUUCUUAAAUUGUUUUGUUAAUAUCUGUGAAAAUCUGAAAAUCAACCCUUCCCUUGAGCUUUUCCUCCAUAUGUACGAAGUCUUGCCUGGGACUAGUAACUACCCGGGCUUCGUCUAUUUUCAUUCUCGUAAUAAGAGAUCUUUUGUGACCGGUCUUCCCCCUAGUCACAAAAGAUGGAAGAAAAGAUUUGUUUUUCUUGAAUUCCCCCCUGACCAAUUUCCUUUCCCAAACCCUGAGUGGGCUGACCGGGUUAUAAAACCUGAAAGGGUUCAUCCGGAGCCCACUAAAGAUCUUGAGGACUCCUGCGAGAAACUUCUCAAGGGUGAUCCUGUGACCGGGAAACCUUAUGCCUAUGGGGGCUGGGUAUUCCGGCUAUCUAACCCGGAUGGGGGUGCGUCUGCGACCCAUGACGCUGAGGAUAACCGGGCUGAUUCCCCGGAUGGUCACGCUGAGGCCGGCUCUCCUCAUCCAGACAUGAACUUCACUAGGAUGUCCACUCUUUUCGAAGAUGAUGACGAUGAUGUCGAAGUCCUCAACUCCAACCGGUCUCCCAAUCACAACCCUCCCUCCCCUCCUCAAAACCCUGGAGUUGAAGGGGCUUCAACUGCCCGGUGCUCUUCCUUUGACGAUCUCAUUCGAGAUAAGCAGGUGAAGUCACCCUCAGCCCUCCAUUUCUCCGAAGGCGACCGGGUUGAUAUUCUCCAGGCCCAGGUUGAAUCCAAGUCCAAGGAGGCCGGCCAUUCUUCUUCCCGUGCUAAGGGCCAGAAAAGGAAAGGGUCCCAAAAGAGCUCCAAGGGGGACAAGAAGAAGAAGGUCGGGUUAUCAGAUAGGGAGGGGGAGUCCAUCGAAGAAGCCUUCCUAUCCCUGGCCAAAAAACUCAGCAAGGCCGGGGUCAUUUCAGAAGAGAUUGGCCAAAAAAGGGAGAAGAGGCUGGAGGAAGAGUUGAGGGAAGAAAGGGCCAGGUUUGCCCUUUUGGAGGAGGAAGGGAAAAGAAAGGUGGCCGAGCUCGAGGAUGCAUUGGGCCAGGCUGAAGAGGCUGCCCGGUCAAAAGAGGAGGCAUUCCCUACUGAAGCUGCUUGCUGGGCUGCGUGCCAUCACUUGGAAGUUGCCCGGUCUAUUCUCGCCACGCCGGAGGAAACCAUGGACUUCUUCAAGACCAUGUAUAAAGAACCGGAAGGGAGGAGGAUGAUAACUGAGAUCGGUUCCUAUGGGUUCCAAUGCGGCCAAAAGGAAGAGAGAUCCCUUCUCUAUGCCAGGCUCCAAAAGAGGGAUCCAUCCUUUGACCCAGCCAAGAUGAAACUCCCGGCUCUAUAAAAAGAAGAGCCAGCUCCCCCCUUUCCCCUAGAGUAGGUUAGGGUUUGGAUUCAAAAACUUUAAAUUUUCCCAAGGCCUGGGGGAUGUCUGGCCUACUUUUGACUGGUGCCGGGUCAAAAAUAUGACCGGUCAAAAUUAAACUUUUCCAGAUUGG